AAGAACUGUGCAGAGAGAGAGAAAGAGAAAGAACUGUGCAGAGAGAGAGAAAGAGAGAGAAAGAACUGUGCAGAGAGAGAAAGGAAGACAAAAACCGGAGAGACAAAAUCAGGUGACAGAGCGCGAGACAAGGCUUUUUUUAAACAGAGCUCCAGCCGCGAGCCUCCUCCUACCCCUGCGAUAAAAAUGAGCUCGGACUCGAGCAGAGCCUCGUCGCCCGACAUGGACGCAGCGUACGCGCGCGCCCGCGACUCCCGACCUCCGGUCUCCUCCACGCAGGGCGCGUGCACGACAACGGCCGAUCAUCACCAGCAGCACACGCACCAUCACCAUCAGCACCAGGCGCGCGCGCCCUUGACUCCGGGCUCGGCCGCGAGUGCGGCCAAGUACCGGCUGAAGAAGCAGGCGAGCGAGGAGGAGAUCCAGCAGCUGCGCCUGAAGAUCAACGGGCGCGAGCGCAAGCGCAUGCACGACCUGAACCUGGCCAUGGACGGCCUGCGCGAGGUCAUGCCGUACGCGCACGGGCCCUCCGUGCGCAAGCUCUCCAAGAUCGCCACGCUGUUGCUCGCGCGCAACUACAUCCUCAUGCUGAGCAGCUCGCUCGACGAGAUGAAGCGCCUCGUGGCCGAGCUCUACGGCGGCGGAGGCGGCGGCGGGGGCGCGCACGGGCCCUUCCACUGCGCCGGCGCGCACCCGCUGCUGGCCGCCGCCAGCGCGCUUGCGCCCCCUCCGCCCGCCUCGGCCGCCACUGCGCUCGGGCUGUCGUCCAUCCGCGCGGCACACUCGCUGAUGAAGAGCGCGCCUCCUCCCCCUCCUCCUCCGCCACCGCCUCCUCCUCACCACCACCAUCACCCGUCCGCUCCUGCGGCUCCCACCGCGCUCCACGGCGCCUUCCAGCACUGGGCGGGCCUGCCGUGCCCGUGCACCAUCUGCCAGACACCGCCUCCUCAUAGCGCGCCUCCUCCUGCUCCUCCUCACCUCGCCAUCACCUCCACCGGACUGUCCCGGCUGGCCGCCGAGAGCAAAGAGGCCCUCAAGUGACCUGCAGGACAAGGAAAGAAGUGAACACGUGCAUGAUGUGUCGACUUGUUUACUUUGUUGUUUGUUUGUUUGUUCUUUCGUUCGUUCGUUUGUUUUUUUUUCUCCUCCUCUCGCCGAGCUCCCUUGUAAACGAGGAUUGCGUCACAGUCGCCGCGAGGUAAAACUGCUUUAUGCUUAUUUGCUGUAAAUAGAGUCCACUGUAAAUAAUCUGCGGGGCAUCGCGAGACGCCGUGUACAUAACUAUAAAAGGAUGGCUCGCGCACAGCAAAAUAGUGCUGGAUUAACUCUUAUGGAGGGUCCCCAGAGCCGGAUUAAGGCUAGAAAUUGGAUUUCCAAUGUUGGCAUUGCAGUUUAGUCCAGAUUUAAUCCAUAAAUAAGGGAUUAUGUCCAAGUGAGAAAUGGGAUUAAAGUUAAUUGGGUACAGCUCACUGUAAAAAAGAUACAAUGUUUUAAUAAAGUUAAAUAAUAAAGUUACAGAAACCACAGAUUAUUAUUAUCUCCUUUUUAAAAUUAAAACACUGGAUCGUUUUUACAGCGUUGGAUCCAAACGCAACUGCUGGCUAUAAUCCAUGAAUGUUAGUGUUAAUCUAUAGACACUAUAGAUGUCUAAUCUGACACUGUUUGUGUUUAUUAAACACUGUGGGUGUUUAUAUGGCACCGUAGGUGUUAAUCUGACACUGUAAAUGUUAAUAUAACACAAUUUGAGUUAAUAUGUGACACUGUUGGUGUGCAUCUAAAGCUCCAGCGGUUAAUACAACACUCCAUUUGUUAAUCCAACAAGUAGGUGUUAAUCUGACACUGUGAGUUUAAAUAUAACACUGGAGCUGUAAACACUGUGAGUAAGUGUUAUUCUAUCACUGUAGGUGUUAAUCGGACAAUGUGAGUAUUAAUAUAACACUGUGUUAAUCUGACACUGCAGGUGUUAAAAUAACACUGUGUUAAUCUGACACUGCAGGUGUUAAAAUAACACUGCAGGUCCUAAUAUAACACAGCAGUUGUUAACAUUGUAUGUGUUUAUCUCACAGUGUAGGUGUUAAUCUGACACUGCAGGUCUUAAUAUAACACUUCAGAUGUUAACACUGUAUGUGUUUAUGUAGGUGUAAGUGUUAAUCUGACACUAUAGGUGUUAAUCUGACACUAUAGGUGGUAAUCUGACACUGUAGGUGUUAAUCCAGCACUGUGCAUUUUGCCGUGUGUUGUGUGUUUGGAGUGUGUACAGCAGGCUGGACGCGCUGAGGGUGAAACUGAGAGUUUUGUUGCUGUUGUUAUUGCUGUUAUUGUGGUUGUUGCACCUACAUCCUUCCCAAAGGGAGUCAGAUGGAGAAAAGCUGUGCGUUCCUUGUAACAAGGAUUGUUGAGUCUCAUGAAAUGACAGAGUAAAGAUGGGGACCAUGUACUUAGUUUGAAAGACAGUGCUAUAUAAAAGACGAUCUCAUUGAAUGGAUUUCAGUCCAAAUGUGGAAGCAGUGGAGCUCCAUGUGGCGGUGGUGAUCAGUGUUGAGCAUGAUGUCUGGGGGGAAAACAGAGAUUUCUACCCAAGCAUGAUUGUUUUAUGAAAAAAAAGAAAACACCAACAAAAAGAAGAAGAAGAAAACAAACAAGCAAACAAAAAAAACAGUCUUGUUUUGCC